AUGGUUGAGAAGCUGCGACCAUGCUUCGUACACCGGACACAGCUGUCUGAUGAUUUCAUAGAGUGGACACACUUCUCGAAACGGGAGCGUCUCCAUCGAUUGAUAGCGCGUGUAUGCCGUUUCGCUGUCAGCUGCCGAAAGACAAACGGGCUGUUGAGAGAAGUCGAUCGUCUCACAAACCAGGAGUUAGCAGCUGCUGAAAACGUGCUCUGGCGUGCUGUCCAAUCGACUAUCUAUUUAGAUGAAAUUGUGCUACUGAAAAAACACCAGGAAAACAAGUUUCAGGGUAAUGUCAAGAAAACACUGGACAGUUUCAGUCCACUUUACAAUGUGUCUCCGUUUCUGGAUGAACACGGGGUGAUCAGGAUGGAGGGUCGAAUUGGAGAAGCUGUUUUCGUCUCGUAUGAUGCCAAGAAUCCAAUCAUCCUGCCAAGAGACCACCAAGCAGACGAUCAAGAAGCACUAACUCCGAACCAUUUCCUGCUGCUGAAUUCAAAUGGAGUGGUUCAAAUGCAGCAAGAUCUUAUCGAACCGAAAGAAGCAUCGAGGACUAAUUGGAAGCUUGCUAGAUACAUGGUUGGUCAAUUUUGGCGGCGUUGGGUGAAGGAAUACUUUCCCACUAUCGCUAGGCGUACAAAGUGGUUCGAGAACACUAAGGCACCAGAACCAGGUGACUUAGUGAUUAUCGUCGACGAGGCCGUUCGAAACGGGUGGACCCGCGGACGAAUUCUAUCGAUCAUCCGAGGCAGGGACGAUCAUGUGCGCCAAGCCAUGGUGAAGACUGCUGCAAGAGUACUACGACGGCCAGUUACUAAGUUUGCUAUUUUGGAGGUUCGCAAAGACGAUAACACCGGUCCAUCAGCUUGGAAGGACCAGUAUUACGGGUCGGGGUAUGUUGGGGCAAACUACGCCACUGCGCAAUAG